GGACGGGGCACCAGCAGCAGCAGGCAAGCAGGAACUCGUUGCUCAGAUCCUCGAGCAGCGCGCUUUCUCUUGCUGUUCCCUGACUCUCGUGCUUGCGGUUGCCGCUGCGCUCAGCACCAUGGACACCCCGAGCCAGGUGGUCAACUUUGGCCCGGGACCCGCCAAGCUGCCCCGUUCCGUAUUGCUAGAAGCACAGAAAGAGUUGUUAAACUACAAAGGACUUGGAAUUAGUGUUCUUGAAAUGAGCCAUAGGUCACCUGAUUUUGCUAAAAUUGUAAAAACAACAGAGAAUCUGGCACGAGAAUUGUUAAAUAUUCCUGACAACUACAAGGUGAUUUUUGUGCAAGGAGGUGGAUCUGGCCAAUUUAGUGCUGUACCCUUAAACUUGAUUGGACUCAAAGAAGGAAGGUGUGCAGAUUAUGUAGUGACUGGAGCUUGGUCUGCCAAGGCAGCUGAAGAGGCCAAAAAGUUUGCUACUGUUAACAUUGUUCAUCCCAAACUUGAGAGAUAUACAAAGAUUCCUGAUGCAAGUACCUGGAAUCUCAACCCAGAUGCAUCUUAUGUAUAUUACUGUGCAAAUGAGACUGUCCAUGGUGUGGAGUUUGAUUUUGUACCUGAUGUCAAAGGAGCAGUCCUGGUCUGUGACAUGUCUUCGAAUUUCUUAUCUAAACCAGUGGAUGUUUCUAAGUUUGGUGUGAUUUUUGCUGGUGCCCAGAAGAACGUGGGCUCCGCAGGGGUCACCGUGGUGAUCGUGCGGGAGGACUUACUGGGAUUUGCCCUGAAAGAAUGCCCAUCUGUUUUGGACUACAAAGUGCAAGCUGGGAACAGCUCCUUAUAUAACACUCCUCCAUGUUUCAGCAUUUAUAUCAUGGGCUUGGUCUUGGAAUGGAUUAAAAACAAUGGUGGUGCUGCAGCUAUGGAGGAACUGAGCCGAAUCAAAUCUCAAAUGAUUUAUGAUAUCAUUGAUGAAUCCCAAGGAUUCUAUGUGUGCCCAGUGGAGAAACAGAACAGAAGUAAAAUGAAUAUCCCUUUCCGUAUAGGUUGUGCUAAGGGAGAUGAGCAUUUGGAAAAGAAAUUUCUGGAAAAAGCUCUUGACCUUAAUAUGAUCUCUUUGAAAGGGCACAGGUCUGUUGGAGGAAUUCGUGCUUCUCUGUAUAAUGCAGUCACCACGGAGGAUGUUCAGAAGCUGGCUGCAUUUAUGAAGACUUUUAUGGAAAUGCAUAGGCUGUGAAUGCUUUGGUGCCAAUUUAUAUACUGCCUAUUUAAAAACAGGCAACCUAUUAAAAUAAUUGUGGCAUACAUAGCUACAAGCACUUAACAAACUAAGUUAUUUUUCUGAUAAACAAGCCUACUGCAACCUUUAAAAAAAAAAUAACAAAACUGUUACAAGAUAGUUUGCUACUGCAAAGCCAAUGACAGCCUCCAAUCUUUACUCUGACUAGUAAUGUAAUAUUUGUAAAACUAUACUUCCUGUGUUUUAUUUGAGAUUCCUUUCCUGAUGCUCUUUUUUUCUUGCUAAUCUCAGUAUGCAUAUUUGACUGUGCUUGAAUAUAUUGGCUUCCAUAAUUAUAUACAUUAGUGGUAGAAGGGACCAUAGACUGCCUGGGAUGCCAAGAAUAUUUUUGAACAAAACUUCUUAAACUGUGGGUUGUGACUCCAUGGGAUUGUAUAACUGAAUGUGGGGGUCAUGAAAUUAUGAUUUAUAUCAGUAAGUGUUUGAUUUGCAUACCUAUUUUAUAUACCUAUCUACACAGGUUCACAUAAAAAUUUCUCACACAAAAAGGGGUUGCAAGUGGAAAAAGUUUUAAGAAGCCCUUAUUUUAGAGCAGGAUCAAACUAUAGCCAGAUGUGACCUUCUCCCUGUUUUUUGCACAGCAGGCUAGCUAAAAACGGUUUUUAUAAUUUUAAAUUCAGUAAAACUUUAUUUUAAAAUAGAUGAGCCAUUCUUUGCUUAUAGGCUGAAAAAAUAAACAAAACAAAACAGGCUGGCAGGCCAGAUUUGGCCCAUAGGUCAUGGCUUGAUGCCUUUUCUAGACUGGACGUCUGGGCUGCACUUAUGGACUGACUGCUUUCAUUCAUUUAGGACCAAGUUUGAUCACUUAGGUUGCAAGCUCAGAGACCCAAAGCAUCAGCAAACUUUGGAUCUUCCUUUGUACUGUAUAUUCUUUUAAAGAGACAAAACUAAUAAGACUGUUUCUGUUUUUAAUAUCAUAUACUAUUUUUCUCUAUGCAUUUAUAUUUCGAGCAACAGUAUUUUAAUGUACACUUUUUAGUGUACAAUUGUUAUGCAAGAAAUCAUAUUCAGUACAUUAACAUUAGCUGUGGUGUGGGCUUUUUCCCCUCCUGCUUCUCUUUACAGACAGGAAGAUUUGCUUCCCCACCCCCACCCCCCAUCCCCAGCAACACCCUCUGCUACCUGUUAAGUUCAAACUAGAGCCUUCAUUAAAAUGCCCUAAAGCUUUAUUUCUUUGUCUGAUUCUUUCUGCUUGAUGGGUCAGCACUUGGACUUCUGGGGAGAUGCUUGGUGAUGAACCUUUUCCCAUUCUUUUGUCUGCAUUGAUCAGUAUGUGAUACUGCACACAUUAAACCACAUUUAAAGUUGUUGUUCUUAUAAAA